AGCCUCCACUCGCCCAUGUACUUCCUCAUUUCACUUCUUUUUACCAUUAAUAUCGCCUACAUAACUUCCAUCCUGCCAACAUUUCUGGUUGGUUUGUCUUUUGACUUGAACCAGAUUUCUCUGACCGGCUGCCUCAUUCAGAUCUUCUAUAUUUCCUUUAUUUCUCUGUUUGAGUCGGCUGUCAUGCUCUCAAUGGCCCUGGACAGGUUCAUAGCCGUCUGUAGACCCUUACGAUACAACGAUAUCAUGACCACACGUCUGCUGGUCCAGUUGUCUGUGGCUGGGAUCGGGAGGAGUACCCUCUUCAUUUCACCAGUGGUCAUACUGACUUCUACUGCCUACUUCUGCGGGUCUAACAUCAUUCUGAACUUUGUCUGUGAGAACAUGGGGCUUCUCGGUCUUGCCUGCGGAGAUAUCUCCAAACAGCAGGCUGUAGGCCUCGUGGUCAGGAUCUUGGCCACAGUGAGCGAUGUCGGUCUUCUUCUGCUGUCCUACUCCUGCAUCCUUUACACAGCCUUCAAGAUUGCUGUUGGGAAAGCUCGUCACAAAGCCUUAAACACAUGUGGCACCCACCUCACGGUGGCCAUGAUUAUUUACCUAGCUGCCUUGUUGUCUUCUGUUAUGCCAAGAAUACACACGCAAAUUACUCCUGACAUUAAGAACGUGCUCAGUGCAGUCUACCACAUGACCCCGGCUUCUCUAAAUCCCUUUGUCUAUGGAUUGGGAGUGAAGGAGAUCAGAAGGUGCCUCACCAAAUCCUGGAGGAGUAAAAAUAUAUCUGUGUAA